UAGAGGGUCAUGUCGGAUGACCGUAUGUGCUCCGUACGUUAUUACAGUGUCGUUUUAACGUUAUUAAACGUCUGCCGCUUUACGAGGAUAAUGACGGUUUUCUGGCCGUGGAGAGACGACAUUUGACUGGUUUUUGAAAAGGGAGAGCAUAGACUAAGUGUGUCUUUGGAUGGCUCAUGCAUACUCUAGUGACCUGAUAAAAAUGAGCUACUUGUGUGCUCCUAAAACGUGGGUGAGAGUAAACAGAGCGUUUCAGCUGUGGCAAACGCAUGCUCGCAAGUCAUCGGCAUCUCUUCCCUUGUGUGGUACCUCUCACUGCAGGGUUCAUGUGCAACAAACUUACUGCUACAAGGUUGGCUAUAUCAGCUGGAGGCACAUCCACCAUCUCAGGAUCACUGGGCGUAAGGGAUGGCUCUUUAAAGCAAAUCAGCUCAGACAGAAACUUGGACUCCACACCAGCUCCCCAUACUUGAACACUUCAGCCUCACGUUGGUCUGCUGGUUUGAGCCAACACAUGUCACGGGUCAGGAGCACACUGGACACAGUUUCUAAAGCUGUGAGUGGGACACAUACAGAACUUUUCUCCAAAAUUGCCAGACUCAAGCCUAAUGCUUUAAAAACAGGGAUAAAGGCUGAGGCGAGUGUUGAGUCAAUGCAAAAAGCAGAGGGGGCACCUUCUCCUGCUCCGAUUGAUGCUGCUGCUGCUCCUACUAUACCUCCUACAUCCACACCUGUAUGUAAUGUAUCUUCUCCUGAUCCCUCUAUUCCUACUGCUGCUGCUACAUUAAAUGCAAGUGCAACUACCUCCGCUAAUCCACACAGUUCUUCCCCGGCAACUAUCCCAGCUACUGUUCUUGCUGUGCGUGAAGCCAAGGAGAAAAGGCUGAGACGUGUUGUCCCAGCAGUCAAAGCCAGUGUUACCAAGAAGCAAGAGGAGCAGAAACCUUCAGUGAAAUAUCCUGAAAGCAAGGACACAACUAUCAAACAAAACACAGAACUUUUCCAUCCCAGCACCUUCUCAGUCAGCCUGGAUGAAACUUACAACUACCUGGCCCAUCACAUCAACUCCUACUUUGGUACAAAAACUCCAGAAAAGAAAGAGGACAGUGUCUCUUCUGUGUCCUCCCAGGUUCAGCAAACUAGUGACCUUGUGUCAGUGUCUGAUAAACCGGAUGCUGUUGCUCAAGCUCCCCCACCUUCCACCAAGAAAGGUUUAGGGCAUUACCUGUCCUACUCAGCUCCAACUGUACAAGCCUUUGUGGGAAGCUACAUCGCCCCCCUGGUCCCCAGGUUUAGAUCAGCUGAGCCCAAAAGUGCAGCAGUGGAGGAGAAGAAGUCGGAGGAUUCAGCAGUCAAACAGGUCGAGGCCACAAUAAGUAAGGAGCAGAAGGCUGCAGAGGAGAAGGCCAAGAAACUUCUGUUGCAAAGAGAGAAGAUCAUUGCCAGGGUGAGUGUGGACAAUCGAACCCGAGCCCUCGUUCAGGGUCUGCACAGAGCCUCAGAUGUCAGGGUCUACAUCAACAGAGUGGAGGACCUCAGCUACCAUCUGCUGGAGUUUCCAGAAACUGCUGGAGUUGCAGUCAAGGAAAAGGUUAUCCCCUGCCUACUGCGACUGAAACAGGCCAGUGAUCCAGGUCUGAGGGCAGCAGUGAGAGAAGCCCUCGCUCUGGUGGGCUAUCACUCACCCGUUAAAGGACGGGGCAUACGAAUCCUGUCCAUCGACGGUGGAGGGUUAAGAGGACUCCUUGCACUUCAGACGUUGCACAAGCUGGAGGCCCUGACCGGAAAACCCAUUUACAAACUCUUUGAUUAUAUCUGUGGUGUCAGCACAGGUGCUAUCCUUGGAUUCAUGCUGGGCGUCUUCCAGAUCCCGCUGAACGAGUGUGACGAUCUUUACAGGAAGUUGGGUUCAGACGUGUUCAAGCAGAAUGUCAUUGUCGGCACUGUGAAGAUGGGCUGGAGUCAUGCUUUUUAUGACAGCGAAGCCUGGGAGAACAUCCUCAAAGAGAAAAUGGGCUCUCACCUCCUUGUGGAGACUUCAAGAAACCCUGAAUGCCCCAAGGUGGCAGCUGUAAGCACUAUUGUGAACCGGGGCACCCCUCUGAAGGCAUAUGUGUUCAGGAACUACAACCUGCUGCCGGGGUUGCGCUCUCACUACCUGGGGGGCUGCCAGCAUCAGCUGUGGCAGGCCAUCCGCGCCACGUCAGCUGCUCCUGGGUAUUUUCAGGAGUUCACGCUGGGAAAUGAUCUGCACCAGGAUGGUGGUCUGCUCAUUAACAACCCCACAGCUCUGGCGGUCCACGAGUGCAAGUGUUUGUGGCCCAGCACCCCCUUAGAGUGUGUGGUCUCACUCGGCACGGGCCGUUAUGAAACUCCUGGGAGGAACAGCCGCACCUACACCAGCCUCAAAACCAAACUCACCAACGUCAUCAGCAGUGCAACAGACACUGAAGAGGUUCACGCCAUGCUCGACGCCUUCCUCCCUCCCAAUACUUACUUCCGCUUCAACCCUUACUUGAGCGAAGACAUCUCCAUGGAUGAGAACCGGCAGGAGAAGCUCAACAUGCUGCAGGCCGAGGGCGUCCGAUAUCUGGAGAGAAACGAGGAGAAGCUGAAGAAGGUCGCUCGCAUCCUUAAUCGAGAGAAAAGCUCCGUGCAGAAGAUGGCUGAGUGGACCAAGCUCAGAGCGGACAUGUACAACGGUCUGUCCCUCUACUCCUCCAAGUUCUAGGUCAACAAGCCACCUUUACCUCACAUGGAAACUCUUGAAUAUCUAAAACAUCCCCUAGAAUGUCCUAGAAUAUUUUACACUACCAAGAUUGGUGUCAAAGUUGUUGACUCUCUGACCUGUAGCUCUGAAGAACACUGCGUCGACGCACAAGGAGGUAAUGCAUCCACCAUGCCAGACACUAACCUUCCUCAUCACUCAUUCAUUUGGUGGCCAUUGUGGUUGGAAGCACUUAACUUUCACUCUCUUGUAUUUAAAUAAGAUGUGUCAAAGUACAAGUGGAUAAAGGAACUCCUGAAAGUUCAACUCACUCUCAUACCUAAAGGACUAGUUCAAAAUGUUUGUACCUUUUUGUGUUCUUGCCAACAGUCAAAUGAAAAGAUCAAUACCAAAAACGUAUCUGUGUUCAAAAAUAUGAGCUACUGCUUUGAGCAGCUAACUGAGCUUAGCAUUAAAAUACCCAUCCAUCCCUUUUCUACACCGCUUGUCCUGUUUGGGGUCACAGGGGCUGGAACCCAUGCAUGCACAGGAACCUUCUUGCUUUGUCCGCACAACAAAUUUACCUUUUUGGUACUAAUAAAGAACGUUAAACCUUGAACCUUGCUUUGAGGCAACUGUGCUAACCCCUGCGCAGCUGGGCAGCCCUGCAUUAAGAUAUGAGAUUGGAAAAUGAGUGGGGUGCCAGUAGCCUAGUGGUUAUGCCCGGGCACCCCAUGGACAGAGGCUCCUUAGAGUGGUUGACCCUGGUUCAAAUCUAGCCUUUUAGCUUCUAUUUGUACAUGUCAUUUCCCACUCUCUGUCUAACUCUAUUGUCCUGUCUUUACAAUAAAGGCAUAAAAACACCAAAAUAAAUGUUAUAACAAAUAAGUCCCCUCCCCCAGUCCUAACUUGUACACUCACAGAAUCUGAUGUCUUCCUGGUAGCUGUGUGAUUCAUAUAGACGUCAUGAUACUGAAUUACACAAUUUCUUUGAGACUGUCAUUCAAGGUAAGGUAAGAUGAGAUGAGAUAAGUGGGAUGUGAUGAGAUUAGAUAAAAGCCUGAUCAGAAAUAUAGCCAGAUUGUAGCCCAACUGUGUAACCACAGCCCAUUGUAAGGCCACCAAACAGUUAAAGGUUGUUAAAAAAUUAGUUGUGUUUACUUAAAAAUCCAAAAUAUCUAUUGCCCUUCUAUUUUUCUAAGUUGAUAGAACACAUUUUUAGUUUUAAGUAAACAGUACUGGAUCACUCUCAGUAUUUUGUCAUUGAAUUCAAAUUAUUUGACAAUCAUCCAUUAAUCUUCGUCAUUUUCCCGGAAUACCUUUGGGCAUUAGACACUUUUGCAUCAUGAGUGAAGUUACUCACUUAGUUAGAGAAGUCGCGUUUGAGGGGAUCAGCUUUAACAAAGCAAGGAUGAUGUACUGAACUCUGUGGAAGAUCACUUCCUCUGUCAGAGUGCACUUUCCAGUCUUUUUUAUUUGCGUUCAAUCAAAUCAGCUUACUUUGGGUGGCAUAAUUGUUUUAAAAUUAAAACAACUGCAGUGGAUGAGGAACAUGUUCAUUCGGUAUUUUAACUUGAGUCUUACUCAAAAAAAAUCUACUACAUAUCGGUAACGACAAAUAUUUACAGUAUUUCAACCUGUUUGGUUUUACAGUGAACAACUCCCCACAACUAUUCUUUUCCCCUCUGGGGAUCAUCUGUUUACAUAAAGAAAAGCAAGCAUAGCUAACUAACUGCAAAUUUUUCUGACAUGUUACCACUUUUGUGCCUCAAGUUCCAUUUAAGGAAUAGCCAGUUUAUAGUUUCGUCUUGUCUUUGAUACAUAGAGAUGAGUCCACAGGUUGCCUGUCUGUCAGCCUAGACAGGAUAAGAUUUGUGUUGCUGUAGUCUGACAUCAUGCCAUAGUAAAAGACAAAAAAGAUGAUGUGGUCCAGGCAUAAGAUAGAAUAAGAUAUGUUUAGAUAAGUUAGGGUAUGAUAGUACUUUAUGAUCUCUGAGGAAAAUUCAGUUGUUUUAGAAGCACAAAGACAAAAAUAGUAAGUAAGGAAAUUCAAGUUAGAAUCAUAAAAAAAAAAAAAGAUUUAAAAAAAAUAUAUAGCUGGUUGACUGGAAGAACCACAGAUAGACUCAUCUGUACAUGCAGGUUAUAAGUGUUAAGGUUCUUUUAAAGCAAGUUUGAAGAGUUGUUUUGGGUUUUUAGGUGAAAAUUCACAAAAUAUUAAUAAUUAUGUAAUGCAGAAUCUUGUUUUCCAGACAUAUCUAAUGCAAUGGUAGAGUGCCCCAUUCACUACUUUAUACACUGUCUCAAAUUCUCCUGGGCUCACUCAUUCACCUACUGCACCCUUGAUAUCACUGAAGCCUGUGAGGAUUCAGUGCUCAGGCUUUAGGAUGGAUGAGUUUGGGAAACUAUCCAGAGGAAAAAAAGCCUGGUGGACCAAGUGCUAAGCUAAGCUAACAAGGUGCUUUCUUUAAAGCAGCUGUUCUCAACUGGACAGACAUCAGGACCCACCACCACCUCCUUAAGAGAAAUUGUGACCCAAAUUUUUGCAAAUUUUCAAGCACUCAAAUUUAUCAAAUGAAGAAUUUGGCAGUUUUGACCCUAAAUGGGAUAUAUACAACCAAUCAAAGAGCCAGGCCAAAAUAAUCACUUUUUAAAAGAACAAACAGAAAGAAAUGAAUGCAUGCCUUUAAUUUUAACCCCAUUUUCCUAAGACAGGAAGGAAAUUUGGUAAUUUCAUAAGGAAUUUCAUCAAUAUCUUUGGAAAAAGCUAACCUGGCACGCUAGAUGGAUGUGUUACACACAUCCUUCUGGAAAACACUCAAACACAGCUUUUGGAGAAGGGCAGAGCCUUUGAAAAAAAAACUUGGAGGGUCUUUGGAUGAAUGUUCUGUCUGUCACAUCUUUACAGGCCAAUCAAAACAAAACACGUGACAUAGCCGCUAGCGAGGAGUAAACUCCAGAGAACUGCAUAAAGCAAACCAUGACGAUUGUAGACAUGUCAGUACAUGACUUUAGUUUCUGAAAAGAAAACAAGUCACUGCUGUUCUUUGUUCUUCUUUUAAUGAAGAAAUCUCAUCAAGUUCUGAUAAUACUGGUACUUUAGCAGCA